AUGUACUCCUCCAAGGAGCUCUCAAACUCCACUGAGCAGGUCUGGAUCAAUGGCUCCGAAGCAAACUUCUCUCUGCAGAGACGUGGCGACGAGGACGAGGACGAGGACGGAGAUCAGCACCCUUUCCUCACAGAUGCCUGGCUGGUCCCCCUCUUCUUCUCCCUCAUCAUGCUGGUCGGGCUGGUGGGAAACUCUCUGGUUAUUUAUGUCAUAUCAAAACACAGACAGAUGAGGACGGCGACCAACUUCUACAUAGCGAACCUGGCGGCGACUGACAUCAUCUUCCUGGUGUGCUGCGUCCCCUUCACUGCCACCCUCUAUCCUCUCCCUGGAUGGAUCUUUGGCAACUUCAUGUGCAAAUUUGUUGCCUUUCUACAGCAGGUGACCGUCCAAGCCACCUGUAUAACACUGACAGCCAUGAGCGGGGACCGCUGUUACGUCACAAUCUACCCUCUGAAAUCUCUGCGCCACCGCACCCCGAGAAUAGCCAUGAUUGUCAGCAUCUGCAUUUGGAUCGGCUCUUUCAUUCUGUCAACCCCAAUUUUAAUGUACCAGCGUAUAGAGGAGGGUUACUGGUACGGGCCGAGGCAGUACUGCAUGGAGAGGUUCCCCUCAAAGGCACACGAGAGGGCUUUCAUCCUCUACCAGUUUAUUGCUGCCUACCUGCUGCCUGUCCUCACCAUUUCCUUCUGCUACACUCUGAUGGUGAAGCGGGUGGGCCAGCCCACUGUGGAGCCAGCAGACAACAACUAUCAGGUCAACCUCCUGUCUGAGAGAACUAUCAGUAUCAGGAGCAAAAUCUCCAAGAUGGUGGUAGUAAUCGUCCUCCUCUUUGCCAUUUGCUGGGGUCCCAUCCAGAUCUUCAUCCUCUUCCAGUCUUUCUAUCCCAACUUCCGGCCCACCUACGCCACAUACAAGAUCAAGACGUGGGCUAACUGCAUGUCCUACGCCAACUCUUCGGUCAACCCCAUCGUUUACGGUUUCAUGGGAGCCACAUUCCAAAAGUCCUUCAGGAAAACCUUCCCGUUUCUGUUCAAGCACAAGGUCAGAGAUAGCAGCAUGGCUUCCAGGACUGCCAACGCUGAGAUCAAGUUUGUUGCUGCAGAGGAAGGCAACAAUAACAAUGCAACAAAUUGA